UGGUAAAAAUUGCUCUUUGAGCUGGUCAUAAAGGUAUUCAGAGUCACUAAAACUUUUGCAAAAAUAGUAUGAAUGGAGCUAUGUAUCUCUCAAAUAUUCUGGUGUUUCAUUAAGUUUUUAACUUACAGUUUAAAGCUCUGGAAGACAGUCUCUAUAAACUGUAUUGGCUUUUGCAACUACAGCUUGGUUUGAAAUUCAAACCUGCACGGAGUUACCAAAACUGCACGGAGAGACAAAAAAUUUCUCUUUCCUGAGGGUAUUUCUAGGAUCACCUGCAGCAUGUUAAAGACACUGUAUCUCCUAUACAAAAUCUUGAAACUUCAGGAACUGCUUUCCAGGCGAGAAGAUGAAGAGUGAAUAGCUUCCAGGAAGAUUUUUCCUUCCAUCUCCCCCGACAAACGCACCAACCUCCUGAGAAACACAAACUGAUUUUUCUGAAGUUGCUGAAGCUGGUAUGAGCAGAGUGGAGGGCAAUUUUUUUAGCUCUGUGAAGGUUCCGGAUAUCUGAAAUGCUGAAAAGGAAACUACGAUUUUGCCACAGCUCACUCUUCAGGCUUUUCUUGGGGCUAACGCUUAUUCUAGUAAUCAUUUCAGUUUUGAAAGUUAACCAGAAACCAUACUUCCUAAAUCGAAGACAUCUGGAGCUGACUAAUGAAGAUCCUAUUAGCAGUAUUAGCUGCACGAAGAUCUUGGAGGGUGAUAUAGAAGAAAUUCAAAAGGUAAAGCUUGAGACGUUAUCUGUGUCGUUUAAGAAACGCCCCAAACUAACAACAAAUGACUACAUUAACAUGACAACAGACUGCGCCUCCUUUACCAAGACUAGGAAAUAUAUUUUGGAACCUCUCAGCAAUGAGGAAGCAGAAUUUCCAAUUGCUUACUCAGUAGUGGUAUAUCACAAAAUUGAGAUGCUUGAUAGACUUCUAAGAUCAAUCUAUGCUCCUCAGAAUUUUUACUGCAUUCAUGUUGACAAAAAGUCUCCAGAAUCCUUCUUUGCUGCUGUGAAGGGAAUAGUUUCAUGUUUUGAUAAUGUUUUUAUUUCCAGCCAGUUAGAGAGUGUUGUAUAUGCUUCCUGGAGCAGGGUGCAGGCAGAUAUUAACUGCAUGAAAGAUCUCUACAGAAGAAGUACAAAGUGGAAAUACUUAAUAAACCUCUGUGGCAUGGACUUUCCUAUUAAGACCAACCAGGAAAUAGUAGAGAGGCUGAAAGCCCUCAAAGGUGAAAAUAGCUUGGAAACAGAAAAAAUGCCUCUCUCUAAAGAAGUAAGGUGGAAAAAGCACCAUGAGAUUAUUGACGGUAAAGUAAAGAACACAGGCAUAGACAAACAACGACCACCUCUCAGUACCCCAAUUUUUUCUGGUAGUGCCUAUUUUGUCGUUAGCAGAAGAUUUGUAGAACACAUAUUAGAAAACAGCAAAAUCCUUUCAUUUAUUGAAUGGGCAAAAGACACUUACAGCCCCGAUGAGUACCUGUGGGCAACAAUCCAGAGAAUCCCUGAAGUCCCAGGUGCAGUUUCUUCCAGUAAUAAGUAUGAUGUUUCUGACAUGAAUGCACUGGCCAGGUUUGUGAAGUGGCAGUACUUCGAAGGUGAUGUGUCUAAAGGUGCGCCCUACCCACCAUGCAGUGGGAUUCACGUUCACUCUGUCUGUGUGUUUGGAGUAGGAGACUUGAACUGGAUGCUGCAAAACCACCACUACUUUGCUAAUAAGUUCAAUACUGAUGUUGACCCUUUUGCUGUGAAAUGCUUGGAAGAGUAUUUGCGACACAAAGCUUUAUAUCAGCAAAAGAACUGAAAUACUCUAUUUACGUUUUAUGAAACAUAGGUACAAAUAAGAUAUGGCUAUGUACUUCAACAUGUAUGGUGGUGGUGGUGGUGGUGGUGAUGCUGACAUGCUUUCUCAUCACAUCGGUAAGGUGGUGAUGAGGCCCUGCCUCACAGGGAGGUCCAGGGACUAGGAGGAGAGAAGAUAUGUCUCAAGUGAAGACAAGGAUGCCUGAUGUUGCAUGCUGAGGCUUGGAAGUUUGGGUAGAAAACAUGGGAUUAGGUUAAAGACAGCAAUUUUUGGAAGCCCAACUGUUUGGAAUAUUUAUUGUUACCUAAAAAGUGUAAUUAAUGGGCUUUCAGCUAAACCAUUUGUUAAAGGCCUGGAAAAUACAUAUCAUGCACGGUUGCUUUCUGUGACUGUAAUACUAACUGGAAAGGAAAGAUGGAGAGAAAAAGGGGAGAGAAGCAGCUGGACUGCACAAAGUUCAUGUUGAGAUACCGAAAGAUCUCAGGAAAUUCACACUGCAAUUUGUUUGAAAACUAAACAAAAGGGAACAUACCAAAGCCAGUUGUCAUCACUUAAUAUAAAUUUGAUUGCUGCAGUUCUGUAACCCUUCAGAAACUUCAUCGCUUGGAAACUUCAUCUUCAGCUUGAAGUAUUAAGGACUUGUGUUUCUUUUUUUUUUUUUUUUUGUAGCAAAAUCUUGCCUUUGUACACUUAAAUUCUCCCUGAUGAUGUGAUACAAAGUUCAUACACUAGUUUGUAAUGUAUGUCUUCUCAGGGAAAUUUCAGUUCUGUGCCUGAUGAGAGCUAGAAUUAUAAUUUUACACUUAUUACUGUAUCAGGACUCUUGCUUUCUGGUACAAGGUGACUCUUAAGUUUCUCAAAAACUUAAAAGAAUUGCAGCAGUGUCCAAAUGUUACUGACAGAACUGCUGGUCUCUGCUUUCUGUCAAGCUCAGCUUGCAUUACAGAUUCUUUUAACACUGCCUAUGCAAAAAUAAAGUUAUUUUUUUCUAAAUGAUAUCGUCUCUUCCUACGAUUCAAGUCCUUCUGAAAGCGCUGCCAAAAAGUCUUAAUGAUGAAGGCCUAAAAUGUUUUUAGCUUUGCUUAACACCUACAACUGAAGCUGCAGCUAAGACAGCAAGUGCUGCCUUUCUUCUGUUCGUUCAUGCAUCCAUGCUCCUUCAGGUUUAGCUGGUGCUGUGAUUUUUAUUUAGUUAGUUGCUUCUUUUGGUGGA